AUGCUGUCGAGACGGUAUAUCCAUGACGACAAACCUUCAGAAGAUGCCAAGAAACUUGUUGGCCGUGUUGAUCCAAACAGUCAACGGUGUCUCAUCGAGAACCGCCAAGAUCUCGCUGUCGAGCAUUGUUACCUCCUUCCAACAUAUCUGUUGCGGAAUGAACGAAUCGUAGAAAUGUCGUCUCUGGAGUGGUUCUGGGGGAUGAAGCACGGCUCCCUGAACCUUGAUACCAGGUACAACGUCUUUCCAAUCAGUUCUUCGCUCCUCCGUCUAUAUGAAGAGAAUAAGUGGGGGUUACUCCCAUCAGAUGACAUUGUUCAUCACUAUGCCCGAGGACUUAGUCUUGGUUUUGCAAGCCGGCCUAAGGGAGACACUGUACAAAAUGGCGUCUUCACAUAUAGAUUCCUUCCACUUUCCAAGGCCAUUGAGUCUAUGGGCAUUCUACACCAGCAUGAUCAUCCGACCCCUCAUCCUCCUACACCAAGUAGCUUUAUCACAUCCGUCCAUCCAUUCUCAGAGCUUCAGAACCUCGAGUCGCACCUUCAUCCCAAGUUCGCAAUCGCUGCCCUUGGUUAUAAACUGGGUUUGGUCGAUCAGAAUCGACGCAAAGAGCUCCUCCUUCAUUGGCCCAUCCUUUAG